AUGAAAAAUGACCUUGAUAUGGAUGUCGCAGGCCGGAAUAUUUGCUUAAACAAUCAGCGGCUGAUUAUGCAUCGAGAUACAUCGGAUAAAAUUUAUUUGCCGUCGAUUCCCUGGCCAGCGCGCACUGGAAAUUUUCCAUCUCCCAUGCCGUGGGUGAUGAAAAGGUUCAAUGGGAGGCUUGUACUGAAUUUAAUCCCCUUUGACGACGAUGUUCUGGAGGAGCAUGCAGAAGACGAAGUUGUUGUUGUUGAUGAUGAUGAUCAGACCAUGAAAUUGCCGGACAUGAUACGAAAACAGAAGAAAAUCUAA